GGUUCCUUCCAUGUGUUUAACAGCUACACUUACGAAGUAACAUGGUUUCUCGUGAUGAAAUGGGGAAGCACUGUCUGUACAGCCAGGACUUUCCAACAGCACUGCAGCUCGGGUUGCGGGAACUGUGGGAGGCUAAUUGUCUUUGUGACAUUCGACUUGUGGCGGAAAAUGAGACGUUCUCAGCGCAUAAGUCCGUGUUGGCGGCUGCGAGCACGUAUUUUAGGAUUAUGUUUACUGCGGACAUGCGGGAGAAGCAUAUGGGCGCAGUGGAGCUGAAGGGAGUCACGGCGUCAGGACUGAAGGUGGCCCUGCAUUUCAUGUACACGUCGCAGCUGAGCGCAGACCCGAGCAGCCUGGAGGACGUGCUGCUCACGGCGACGUACUUGCAGAUCACACAGCUCACGGAGUGCUGCGCCCGACUGCUGCAGGGAGCUCUGGAGACGGACAACUUCUUUACGAUUCUCACGCUGUCCGAAAAGUACGACUUGCUUCCUUUGAAGGAGGCGUGCUUGUCAUUCAUUUCCCAAAACCUAGAUGUCAUUUUAGAAAGGCACGAGCUCUCAUUGCUACGGCUGGACGGCUGUUCGUUGUUGACACUACUCCAGAGAGAUGAUAUCAGCCCCCGAAUGAACGAAAGAGCCAUUAUGUCUCUAGCUUGGAGGUGGUUGCGCCAUGAUCUGGAGAAUCGUCUCCCUUAUUUGGAGUGUCUUGUCAAUAGUGUCCGCCUUGGCUUAAUUUUCCCACCGGGCUAUAGCUUCGAAGACAGCGGUGAAAAUGAAGACGUCGCGCUUUUGAAGUUGUUCCCCGGAGCGGAGAGCUACAUCACCGUGCUGUCGGACCCAGCAGUGAGACAUGAAGAAGAGGGUCCAUUUAAAAACUGGUUCCGGAUAAGAUCAACGCGCAAGGGGGUCCUGGCCACGUGUGGCAAAACAAACGGGAGCCAGGGCUGCCAAGAAAUAAUGAUUCUGACAAAUGAUGAGGAUAUUGAGCACAAUUCCUGGAGAACUAUUACACAGGCAGAGGCAAAAUACAAUCACUGUUCGCUGGUACUUGAUGACUACUUGUAUAUUAUAGGGGGGCAGAAUUCCUUGCUGAGUGGUAAUCAUGAGGAAGAGGCAACAGCAUCUGUACACCGUUAUGACCCUCGUUUUAACCAGUGGGCACGCCUUACAGACAUGAAUGUAUGCCGUAGACGAUUUCAUUGCAGUGCUAUGCAUGGUCACAUUUACGCAGUAGGAGGCAGAGGAGAAGGUGGUAUAUUGUUUUCAGCUGAACGCUACAGUCUCACUGAGAAUAAGUGGAAAUACAUUAAGACUUUGCCUUGUCCACUCUCUAGCCAUGCUGGUACUGUGCACCAGAACAAGCUCUAUGUAUCUGGUGGCUCAUCAGGGGAAAUUUUUUCAAACUCUGUAUACAGAUAUAGUGAACAAGAAAAUAAGUGGGAAGUGCUCUCUCCACUUCGGUAUGCUCGUGGCUUCCAUAGCAUGACUUCUGCUGGAGAUAAGAUAUAUGUUAUUGGUGGAGUUUUGAUUACAAGAACAAAUAGACAGAGUCGCUCCUACUCUGAUGUCAAAGUAACCGAAUGUUAUUGUCCUUCAACAAACCAAUGGACGGAGCUAUCCCCUCUACCUGUGGGACACAGUCAACAUGGUACCACUGUCUUAGACAAUAUGGUUUAUAUAAUAGGGGGCUUCUCCUGGUGGUAUGAAGGUUUUCUUAGCAGUGUUCAUGUGUACAACUGUGAAAAUGAUACAUGGGAAGCAGGCCCUGACCUGCCAAGACCUCUAGUUGGACUUUCUAGUGGAACGCUUAUCCUCCCACAUUACCUUAAUGACAAUAUCACAGCACCUUCAUAACAAGUCCCAGACAUCAUGUGAUCGGUUGAACAGCAUACAUCACUGCAGAAACGAUGUAGAAGGACUGGGCACAAACCUAAGACACCUCUUAAAAAAGAUAGAAAGGAAGCAUGUGAUGAUUAAGUGCACAGCUCCACUAUCUCAGUCUUAAGUAAAAUGUCAGCAAAAUGGGAAUUUAACUCUUCAGUGGGGCCCCCAGUAACCUGACCCAAAAUGUUUUGAAAUUUACACAGAUGUUUUUAUUUCUGGUUCUGCUCUUUCAACUCUUAUUCAGUUGUUAAUACUAGUUAUGACUGUGACCACUAGAUGACACUAAAUCCACAUUUUGAUAUAACAAUUUCAAAAGCUAGCUGAUGUAUACCAGUGGAGAUUAUUGUUAGGCAGGUACAGUCAAGAAGUAUCAAGAAAUGUGAAGAGUUUGUAUCUAUAUAUAAAUAUAUUACUUUACAAGUGUCUUUAGAAUCUCUUAAGACGUGUGUAUACAUCUGCAAGUUUGCAAGACCUCAUGAGCUGGUGUAACAGAAAUAUUUAAAAACAUUUAACAGUGGGAAUUCUUCAAAAUGCAAUAAGCUAAAUGUUACAGAUCUCCAAAAUGAAAAAUCCAGCAAUUUAUGUUAAAAUGAACGUCAUUAGAGGUUUGUAGUUGCUGACAAAGUAAGAUACCACGAUGAAAUAUUUAAGGCCAGUGAGGCUACAGGUGCUAGGUGAUCCAUACAGUAAAGUUAUGAAUUCUCAUUAAGUUUAUUAUGUCUUGUAUGAAUGAAUUAUAAUAGACUCAUUUUAGGUUUUGUGCCACUUGCCAAUUAGGAUCAGCACAUUCACAGUUUUAUAAAUGAAUAAAAUAGUGGUGAAGAGCUCAAGUUAAAGUUUUAUCUAUGUAAGGGUGGAUAAAGGGCUGCAGUGAAACACACACAUUUGAGUGUUCACAUAGUGAUUUGUUCUUUUGCCUUUCAUAAAACACUGCCAAGGUACAGUUAUAAACCAGUCAAGCCAUUCGUUCUUUCUUUAAUUUACCAAAGCUACACUGUAACAUUUGGUCAAACUUUUCUUUGGCUUUAAAUGUAUUUUGUAUAUUUAAAAAU